CCUAAUACUAAUUGGUAGUAAUUUGGUAGAUGUAGCAGUUUUUAGUGUGCGAGUAAAAGAAGGAAGAAAAGUGUAAAAAUAUGGGAAGAGGCGCAAAACCCACGUUCUCUCCUCCUCCUCCUCAUCAUCACUCACUCCAUGUCCUCCAUCCCAAUCCUCUCUACUCCUCUUCUGGUGGAUCAGAAUCAUGAAAAUCCCUAAUCCCAAUCCCCUUCAACUCCUCUAUUAUCUCUUCAUUUUCCCCGCCUCCGCAUAUGGCUUCGGCUCCAUGGGCCCCAUCUCUGCCUCCUUCGGAGAUUACCCUCUCUUCUGCGCCAUUGACGCCAGCGGCAAGCAGGCCGUCAUUUGCUGGGACGCCAACAACAGCUCCUCCACCGCUCUGCCCCCCAUGGCCUCCCUCUCCGGCGGCGACGGCUUUCUCUGCGGCAUCAUGGCUGACAAUUCACAGCCACUAUGCUGGGGUUUCAACAAAACCUCCGAUCUCGUUCCGAAUUCCUUGAAACUCAAUGCCUAUUCCCACAUUGCUUCCGGCAAGGAUCACGUUUGCGCCAUCCGGGGAUCCUACUUCUCUGAGGACGUCUCCGGUAACGUAGACUGCUGGGAUAUUGUCAGAGUCUCCAACACUUCACUUAUCUCAAAACAGAGCAUCCGUUUCUACGAUCAGAACGCUAGCUCCCUCGUCUUCACUAGGCUUGUCUCCGGAGAUGGCUUUAGCUGCGGCGUUGUUUUAGACGGAGGCAUCGCCUGCUGGGGCCCUAACUCCUCUUCCCUCGCCGUCUCCGCUGAAUCUGAAAACUUCGUCUCCCUGGCUUCUAACGUGGACUCAAUCUGCGGCGUCUCUCAGAGGUCCGGCGAGAUUAAAUGCUGGGGCAAUACAGGCAUUACUCCUCCAUCCGGAAUAAGACUAGUGGCGCUGGCGGCGGGGGCGCAGCAUUUCUGCGGAAUCAGAGAGGAUAAUCACGGGAUCGAGUGCUGGGGGAGUUUCAACGCCUCCUUGAUCCCGAAAGGCGCCGGAUUCCUCUCCAUCGCUUCUUCGGAAUGGCUCAACUGCGGAAUCAGAGAAGGCGAUCUGGUUCUCGAUUGCUGGUUUGCUAAUGUCUCAUCUCAAGUAAACUUCGAUCCGCCGUUGCAGCUCUGCAGCCCGGGAUUGUGCAGAGCCGGCGGCUGCGGCGAAGGGAUGUUCGGCUUCAACGCCAGCCUUCUCAACGAACCUGAUUUGACGAGCUUGUGCGUCAGGAAGGAUCUCAACAUUUGCUCCCCUUGCGGCUUCAACUGCACACAGGGCUUCUUCCCGUCGAGUCUCUGCAGCUCCGACGCUGAUAGAGUCUGCACGCCGUGCUCUCUCUGCCAGAACAGCACCUGCGAGGAUGUCUGCAAGCUCAAGUCAUCACCUCAGUCGCAGUCGCAGUCGCAGUCGCACGGGGAGCAGCUCCGUCAGCUGCUCCUCAUCAUCGGCUCCUCUGCUUCAGGAUUCCUGCUCAUUCUGAUUGCCUGGUGCCUUCUCCCCCGUGUCGCGAGGGACGAGCAAGGGAAGAAGACGAGGCAGUGCCUUUCCUGCUUCGGGAAGCCAGAUCUCGAAGCAGAUGGAAGUGUGGAUCAGCACGGGGAUCCGGCUACAGUCGCCCCGUGCCCCGGGGUGGCUCAGGUGUUCCGCCUCUCUGAGCUGAAAGACGCGACCAACGGUUUCAAGGAGUUCAACGAGCUCGGAAGGGGAAGCUACGGCUUUGUCUACAAAGCAGUUCUCACAGAUGGAAGACAUUUAGCAGUGAAGAGAGCCAAUGCAGCUACCAUAAUCCACAGCAAUAGCAGAGACUUCGAGACCGAGCUCGAGAUCCUCUGCAAUCUCAGGCAUGCCAACAUUGUAAACUUGCUAGGUUAUUGCGCGGAGAUGGGAGAGCGACUUCUGGUCUACGAGUUCAUGCCACACGGGACACUCCACGACCACCUCCAUGGCGGCCUCUCGACUUUGAACUGGACCCUCAGGCUCAAGAUUGCAAUGCAGGCAGCCAAAGGGCUGGAAUACCUGCAUAAGGAAGCCGUGCCUCCCAUAGUCCAUCGGGACAUUAGGACCUCGAAGAUCCUCUUGGACGCAGAUUGGGGAGCCCGGAUAUCAGACUUCGGGCUCCUCACACCCAAGGAAGUGGAUUCGGAAGCAGAGAUGAAAAAGGAUGUUUAUAGCUUCGGAGUUGUGCUUCUUGAGAUACUGAGUGGGAGAAAAGCUUACGACGAGGAGUGUUCCCCUCCGAGCAUAGUAGAUUGGGCACUGCCUCAGAUCAAACAGGGGAGGGCAGCUGCCGCAAUUGAUCGCUACGUGGCUCUACCGAGAAACGUGGAGCCUCUGCUGAAACUUGCAGACAUAGCAGAGCUUGCUUUGAGAGAAGAUCCUAAUCAGAGGGCGUCCAUGUCGGAUUUGGCUCUUCUACUCGACCAGUUAGGCAAGGAAGGAUUGGUUUUGUAGUUUCGGAUUCUGUUUUCUACCAUUUUUUGGGUGUAAUUCUUUUUUCUUCUUUACAAUGCUUGCGUGUAAUAAUAAUCCUGAAAUUGUACAUUUUUUGUUGUAAA